GGAUUUGCUCCACAGUCUCUCACGUAAACAAUAUACCAUAUUUGUCUUUUGAUUGUGUUUGCUGAAUUUUCCUUUAUAGUGGUAAUGUCCACGCCUUCACUAUCUGUCAUACACCAAUACAUGGAAACUGUUGCAGCGGCUGAGCUAGGCACUGAUGUUCUCUAUGCUACCAGUUUAGGAGCUGAAUUGUAGAGUUAAGCGGGUUAUUAUAGUGGGUGUUUCGCGUGACACCAUGUCGUGCAUCGGACUGUGUAGCUACGCAAGAUCCGAAGAACAGGCUGAAGUCCCUGUGACGGUAAUGGAAGGACCUGAUUUCGAGUAUCCUGGUUCAGUUGAACCUGGAGUGCCACAACCACCGCCAUCUUACGGCAACAGUGAUACAGAGUUUGUGUAUGCCCCCCAGCGCGGAAUGUACAUGACCCCAAACCCGGUCCCAGAGGCGGAGAAGAUUGAACAAUCAGGGGCGCCCUUUGUCUUUGCAUAUGAUGGCCCUGCAACCCCUAACUCGGAACUGGAUAACCCGAUCCCGUCAUCGGAACCGGAAAUUCACAGUGAAGAAUAA